CCGGGAUGGACGAAAAGAUGGUACGGACUGACUUCGUUAGGGGGUUGUCAGAUUCUCGCUUGCGGAAAAAGAUCCGUAAGAAGUGCAAUCCUAUAGAGCACACCUUGAUGCAGUUAAUUCAAUAUGCCGUUAAAUACGGAAAGGAAAAUUACGACGUGGGUUUGGAUUCUGAGUCUGACGAGGAAGAUCCGUCGGGCGUUCGACGUAAUAACUACGCCGCGACGGCUCGGAUGUUCGAGGAACGCUUCGGCUUAACUCCGGCAAAGAAAGGCUCGGAACAUAAAGCUUCUUCCUCCGCUUCGGCCUCCUUUCGUCAAGCUCAAGGAGGCCGGGACGAGGAAGAAGCAGCCAUGAAAGAUGUGGCGGCCCAACUGGCUACGGUUGUAGCCCCAUUGACGGAGCUCGUUCAAAGUUUGCAGCGGCAGCGUAUAGCCGCCGCGCAGAGACAGCAAGUGGCUAUGGCCGCUGGGGCCUCAGUAAUGAGACCAGCUGCAGCCGGAGCUGGCGCUGUCGCAUCCCUACGCUGUUAUAACUGCAAUCAUCCCGGCCACCUCGCCAAAGACUGUCCGAAGCCCAAACCCGCGGCUGGACCUUCCCAAGUCCCGUUAGCCGCUCCUGCAGCUGACGGACAAGGAAGAGUAGCCACGGUAAUGGACACCGGAACGUCGGAGUUAGUAGCUCCCGCGGCCGCCGAGAUAGGACCUGACGAAUACAUGGCGGCGGCGAUGUUCGAACCAGGGACCAUCGGA